CCUGUACCGACACAUGAAGCAGGUUGAACUGAGCGCGGGCUGCUGCAGAAAUGGCGGAGAGCGGAGCUUCAAUGGGAUCUGAAUCCCUCCAGCUGUAUGAAGCACAGUUCUUCGGCUUCACACCUGAGACCUGCACUUCACGAGUCCGUGACGCCUUUCGAGAUUCCCUUAAUCACAUACUGCUAGCUGUCGAGUCUGUAUUUGUGAAGAGGUUGUGUUCAGGGGAGGAGCCGUCCGCCGAGCUCCGGCUAAAAGCCAGAGAGAGCACCCAAAAGCUGCGACAUUUCCUCCAGGAGCGCUUUGAAGUCAUGUUUCAGCGCAUGAAGGGGAUGCUGAUGGACCGUGUCCUCUCCAUCCCUCAUAACAUAUUACUGCCCAAUGACCAGCUGCACCAGAAAUAUCCCGAAGGCAAAGAAGACCUCACGAAGAUGCAGGACUCUAUUGCAAAACUGCAGCAGGCUUAUCAAGCUGAGGUGUGUGCCAAGCAAGCGCUUCUCGCUGAACUUGAGGAGCAGAAAGAGACGCAGAAACAGCUGGAUGAGGUGCUGAGAUGGAUAGAGGAGCUGCGGCUCUCGUGGAGACGAGAGGGGAUGGGAAGUGUCCAAGACAGUAUCCGACACAUGAUGGAGACUGUGGGCCAGUUGCAAGAUGUUGUUGGAAAGAUUAGCAAGCAGAAUAAAGGACUGGAUGAACUGUGAUGGUUUAUACAUAGUGUUCAAGACAACAAGCAAAAAUCAUAAGAGAUCAUUUUUAAUGGUUUGUCAAUAGAGCUGUUCAAUAGCAGCAGAAUAAAAUAGUAGUUUCCUUCCGAGUUUUAGGACCAUACAAAUGACCAUGAUGUAAUUGCAUGACCCAUCCACCAGGGUGAAGCAGUGCACAAUUUAUUUGUGUAAAGAUUUUCAAGUACAAUUACAUUAACAUACAAGUGCUGGGAUCAUUCGGCUUCAAAGCAGUACAUUUGUAAUCGGGCAAUUUUUCUCGGACGUUUAAAAUGCACUCCAUCUCUCCCCUCCUCAAAGUCACUGGGUUUUUCUCAUUUACGAUUCAGUCCCUUUGAUGUUCAGUACAGUCAGAUCUGCAUUAGAUUAGUCCAAAUUUCCCACAAGGCCCAAACUGAUGUCUCCAACAGCUUGGUUGGUUUUACACGUGAGCAGCAACUUAUAUGUUGUUUGAGAAGAUUUAAGGUCCUUUCCUUGAUGUUCAGAGGAGAAAGGUUUCAAGUUCACAUUGGGUUGUAAAGAGGAUUAGCCCCUGCAGGGAAGGACCCAACGUCUGUACAUACUGUAGUUUGCAUCCUAAAAUGCACGAUCUUGGAUUGGGUUGCUAAGAGCCAGUGUCAGUCUGGAAAGUCAGCAUUUGAAAUAAAUGGAAAGGGGGAUCACCUGCUUGUUUUGACCAUGAUUGUAAAUGGCAAUAAAAUGAAUUUUUGUGUUUGUA